AUGAACUCUUUGGAUACUUUGCUCGAGGAACUCGUCAUUCCUCACGACGGAAACUCUCUUCCUGAUAUCAAUGGUAUAGUGGCUGGCUUUACAGACUCCAAGAGGACCAAGUACCUUGCUGCUAAGGGAGUGAAGCGGUUUGACAAGUUGGACCCGGUGACUACGGAUACUCGUCUUGCGUUCUUUUCUUGUACAAAGACCAUCACUGCCAUGGCGGUGUUGCAGCUUUAUGAGCGUGGGGUUAUUGAUUUGGACGCUCCAGCGAAGAACUACUUGCCUAUGAUCGGAGAGAUUGGGCUUAUUGAGCCUGGCCAGGUGGACGAUGAAACGGGUGAGUUUAAAACACCUCCAAGGAAACCAGAAAAUGAUGUUACGGUUCGCCAUUUGCUUCUUCAUACCGCUGGCUUUGCCUAUAUGUUUACUGAUCCAGAUUACUUCAAUAUUGUCAUGAACAAGCAUAAGGAACACACCGGCGCUACGCCUUCCUUGCGUAUGUUCGCUACAGACGUCAUGCCUUUGGUGUUUGAACCAGGUACGCUGUGGAGAUAUGGCCAUUCUCUGGACUGGCUUGGUUUGGUCGUGGAGAAAGUCAGCGGCAAGAAGUUCUCCCAAUACCUUCAAGAGAAUAUCUUCGACCCAGCGGGUCUUAAAUCGUUUACAUUCCGUAUAGAUGACGAGGAGAGGUUGGUCCCUAUCAGCAUGAGAAAGGACGAUGGCACUUUGCGUGUAUUGAGAAAGAAGCCUGUUCCACAUAAGCCAAGCAUCGAUAUGGGUGGCCAGGGCUGUUUCGGUACCGUCGGUGAUUUCUUACAGUUCAUGAGAAUCUGGCUCAAUAAGGGUCUUUGCGUGGAGACUGGUGCUCAGAUUUUAAAGAAAGAAACAGUAGAGUACGCUAUCCAGACUCAUUUACCUGAAGGUGUCCAUGUGGAGCUCGAUACUGCCAUGACUGGCGAGGCUCCCUCUGACUUUGUCCCAGAUAAUUUUACCCUUACAGGCUGUGCCUAUAACAUGAAUGACUUGCCAACCGGUAGACCUAAGGGCUCGAUUUACUGGGCUGGUUUGGCCAGUUUGUAUUUCUGGGUUGAUUUUGAGAACGACCUCGCUGGUUUCUUCGGAUGCCAGAUCCUUCCUUACCUCGAUUCCCCUUGUCUUGUGGGUUACAUUAGAUAUGAGCAUGCUGUUUACGAGUUGUUGCGAAAGCAAAAGGAAGCCAUCAAGGGCAGACUUUGA